AUGUCUUACAGCGACCCGAACCAAAACCCACUUCCAGAAACUUACAUUCCAUCGACCAACGACACGAACUCAAUUGAAGCCGCGCAAAAACUCAAACUUUACCAAGCUUUCAUCUUCUCUGUUCCCAUCUGCUUCACAUUCAUCAUCCUCUUCGUCUUCUACGUCAUUUAUCUCCGUCGAAGAAGCAGCAAUGUCGAUUGGUCUUCUCUUGGAAUGCGUGGUGCUAGCUUCGUCUCCACCAACGAUCUCUCCAUGACUGAAAUAGGCCUGAGCAAAGAAUUGAGAGAGAUGCUUCCCAUUGUCAUCUUCAGAAAGAGUUUCACCAUUAAUGACUCACAAUGUUCAGUGUGUCUUGGGGACUACCAAGCAGAUGAGAAACUCCAACAAAUUCCAGCAUGUGGGCACACUUUUCACAUGGACUGUAUUGAUCUUUGGCUCACUUCGCACACAACUUGCCCUCUUUGUCGUCUCUCUCUUAAGCCUAAAGCUUUCCAAGAACGAUCCCAUCAAAGCCUAGAGAAUGUCUCUUCCAUGGUGAACUCUAAUGGAGAAGCUUCUGCUCAACUAGAGUCCCAGUCAAUAAACGCUAUACCAACUCACAUCGAUGAUAUCCAAGAAGGUGACAGAGAAGAUAGUAGAGAGGUCUUUAAGGAAACGCAAGAGAAUGACCAAAACAUUGUAGGGACAUCUGAUGCUUCUUGUAAUUGCAGACUUGGUUAA